ACUUGCUACGCUAUCCAAAUCCUUCAAAUUUAAAUCUACUGCUUGCUUCUUUUCAAACUCAUUUUUAAUUUUUAGGUUACGACAUGGCAAAAAAGUUGAUUAUUUACUUGUACGGGUGUUAUAUAAUAAUAAUAUAGUGCCCAAAAAUUUCGCCUUGACGGUUUUGAGUAAUAUUAUAUUUUUGAAAUUAUUUAUUUCUAUUUUAUUGCGUUCUUUAUAUCGUUUCGCAUAUACUUUACAAGAAAUGCAAUCAUUAGGAAUAACAUGGAGAAAGAUAGCAACAAGUGUUCGUGCCUCUGGACCAGUUUCACACUUUAAGAGAAUACUGAAGGUAGCAUUUAGUGACAAAUAUCUAUUCUACACAAAUGUUACCAUAUCAAUGGGUCUCUCAUCUCUAGGUGAUAUAUGUGAGCAACAUUAUGAAAUUUAUAUUGACCAACAAGAGAAAUUUGAUAUCAAACGGACAAUGCAUAUGGCCUUUUCUGGUGUAGCAGUAGGAGUAUUGUGUCAUAACUGGUACAAAGUUCUAGAUAAAUUGAUUGUAGGGAAGACUUUAGAUAUGGUAGCUAAGAAAUUGUUUCUUGAUCAAAUGGUAUUCUCGCCUAUAAUGAUUGUUACAUUUUUUGGUAGUCUAGCAUUAUUUGAAGAGAAUCCACUAGAGAAUUUUAAAGAGGAAGUUAAAGACAAAUUUGUGACGCUCUAUAGAGCUGAAUGGAUGGUAUGGCCACCUGCGCAAAUAGUAAAUUUUUAUUUCUUACCAACUAGAUAUAGAGUAUUAUAUGAUAAUACAAUAUCAUUAGGUUAUGAUGUAUAUACAUCACAAGUGAAGCAUAAUAAAAGUUUAAAAAGUAUACCAAAAGAUUCUAAAAAUGGAUCAUCUUGACGAAAAUUUUUUAAUAGAAUUAAAUAAAUUCAUAAUUACAUAAGUGUACUUUAAGUAGGUAUCAAUAAAUGGGAAUCUUUAUUUAUUUCUGAUAAUUUAUAGAUGAUAAUCAUCAAUACUUAAUAACAACCAGAAUACUGUAAAAUACAGUUGUUCAAUGUUGAGGAAUAAAUAUUAAAUAUAUAUGUAAUGAAUAGCAAUUUACUGACGAAAUAUACUUAAACCAGUUUAAUUUUUAAAAUUAAGUAUUUACUUACUUAAAAUAGCCAAUAAUUUUAGACAAUGUAUGGAGUAAUUUGUUGUCUAAUAGAAUAUUAUGGACUGUAAUAAAUAUUUAAGUAUACUUUAUAAAAUCAAUAUAUUUAUUAAUUCUGAAUGGUUCAUUACUUCCAGUUUGGUACAUAUUGUACUUAAAAACCCAUAUAUAAGGGUAAUAUCAUGCACCAAUUUAUUAUUAUUAUUUAUAUUCUAAUAAAGUGAAAGUGCUGUGAUAAUAGCAAUUAACUAAUUGAUUUCAUGGUUUUAUUAAGUGUUUUUUGUUAAAAAUGUAUCUAUGAUUCUGUUAACUAAUUACGUAAUGUUUUCGAUUAUUAUACAAUUUAAUAAAAAAUGUUUUAAUAUAGAUUUUAAUUAUUAAUUUUUUCGAACUAUCCAACCUCAGAAGUAGAUAAAUAU